GUACCUCCGCAAGAGCAGCUGGUUGAAUACUUGGACAUUAUUGGAGUAAAGUAAACAUGAAAAUCGAAUGGGCACCCCUUCGAGUUCCUCUGGAGCGCCGAAUGCAGAUACUGGUCACAGCCUUUUUCACCUCCAUGCUCUUGAUAUUAUUAUCUAUUUCCUUUCUAUUAGUAGCUGGUUCGCUGAUCUAUGGAGGCCUACUGCUGCGAAGCUUAAUGGUGCUUUAUUUGACUUACGUCUAUGUGCAUCACAAGAAAACCCAAUCUGUGGUGGAUGGCAAUGGAUGGAUGAUAACCCGCACCAACCGUUUACAUCUUCACUACCGCAAUUACUUUCCCGUGGAGUUGGUGAAAACCGCCGAAUUGCCAGCGGAUAAGAACUACAUCUUGGCCAGCUUUCCUCACGGAAUUCUGGGAACGGGCAUAGGUAUUAACAUGGGCGUGGAAAUCUCCAAGUGGCUAGAGCUAUUCCCCCAGGUGAGACCCAAGCUGGGUACUCUAGAUCAGCACUUCCACGUGCCCUUUAUGCGUGAGGUCCUGCGCUGCUGGGGCUUAGUGUCCGUAUCCAAGGAAGCUCUGAUCCGAAUGCUCAGCAAAUCAAAUGAUCCCAAGCACAAGGAUAACAGUGAUGGUUUUACAUCAAAUGCGGUGGCUAUACUGGUGGGAGGGGCGCAGGAGGCCAUGGAUUCCCAUCCUGGCGAGUACAUUUUGACCCUGAAGAACAGGAAGGGCUUCGUAAAACUUGCCAUUCGAACGGGUUCAUCAAUUGUACCCUCGUUUUCCUUCGGCGAGGUGGACAUUUUCGAUCAGGUGGCUAAUCCUCCAGACUCCCUUCUCCGUCGGUUACAGAAUGUGGUGAAGAAACUUACCGGCGUUUCUCCACUGAUUCCAGUGGGUCGAGGUUUCUUUAACUACACCUUUGGCUUUCUGCCAUUUCGACGACGCAUUGUCCAAGUUGUUGGCUCUCCCAUUGACGUUGUGAAGAGCGAUCAACCCGAUUCAGAGUAUGUGGACAAAGUGCAUGGACAGCUUAUUGAGGCUCUGGAGAAAUUGUUCGAUCAGUACAAAGACAAAUAUUUACAGAACCCUAAGAAUGCCAAACUGGUGGUACAGUAAUUAAAAAAGUAGUAGAUAGAACUAAAAAUUCAAUUUAUGUUGAUUAAACUAUGCCAACUGCAGUUUUGGUAUAUGAAGACGUUAUCAGGAAAGCAAUAUAUAUUUAAUAAAGUAAUAUAAAUGUUAAUAUGAAAGUAUUCAAUUAAUUUUAUAUAUUACACUUUAGCUAUGUCGGUUCAGUUUUAGAUGCGAAAACGCUCCC